AUGGAUUACGAGGUGUUUCGAGCUGCAUGUCUUCCAUCACCAGAACAACAUCGUGUGUGUAAUGAUGAUGGUCAGCUGGUAUGUGAUAUCGACCACUACGGACCUCAAUGUGACCACUUAUGCGUAUCUACCGACCAUGGAACUUGUGACCACCUUGGACAUUUGAUUUGUAACAGAAGCUACUAUGGACCAAAGUGUGAAAAACAAUGUGUGCAUACCGAACAUAAGCAGUGUGAUAAAUACGGAAAUACGCACUGUGUUUCGAACUAUUAUGGACCACAGUGUGACGUUCAUUGCGUAUCAAUGAGGCAUGGAUCAUGUGACCAACACGGACAUUUACGAUGUCACCCGAACUAUUAUGGACCACAGUGUGACGUUUAUUGCGUAUCAAUGAUGCAUGGAUCAUGUGACCAACACGGAAGUUUACGAUGUAACCCGAACUAUUAUGGUCAAAAUUGUAGUGUGCACUGUGUGGCUACAGGCAAUAAAACGUGUACGAAAACAGGACGACUGCUUUGUAAAGACUUCUUUUAUGGUAAUAACUGUGAAAAUCGUUGUGUUUCUACCAUGACAUCUCAUUUCAUACGAACUUCUGAAGGAGAGUUGAUUUGUACUAAGAACUAUUAUGGUACAUGCUGUAACAAGGUAUGUCCACAUACACAACACGGCCACUGUAACGGCUCCCAUCUUAUUUGUGAUUCAGGGUACUUUGGAUCUACAUGUUCAACGCACUGUCUGUCAACUGACCACGGUAAAUGUGACGCCAACGGACUGCUGGUAUGUGACGUCAAUUUCUAUGGAUUAGCUUGUGACGUGUUGUGCGUACCGAGAAGACAUCAGGUGUGCGACAGAAAUGGGACGCUACGUUGUGACACUAAUUACUACGGAGAUUUAUGUGACGUUUACUGUUUAGUUCCAAAAGACCAUGGAAGAUGUGAGAGUACUGGACACCCUCAGUGUGACCAAGCUUAUUACGGCCCCAGUUGUAACUUUUCUUGUCAUGUUCAUUCAAACGGUCAUUGCACAGAUAACGGAACCGUAGUUUGUUAUAGAAACUAUUUUGGACCCUUAUGCGACAUUUUCUGUCAUAUACCAGAUAGACAUCAUGGUCGUUGUGAUAUAACAGGACAAAAACAUUGUUUUAAUCCUUAUUAUGGGGAAAAUUGUACACAUGUCUGUCCUGUUACAAAGACUGGCCACUGUCUUUCCAACGGGACUCUUGUAUGUAAAGCUGGAUUUUAUGGACCUACCUGUGAUGUUCCUUGUACAAAAACAUUACACGGAAUGUGUAACAACAACGGGAUGCUUGUAUGUAAAUCUGGCUUUUAUGGACCUACAUGUGAUGUUCCUUGUACAAACACAUUACACGGAAUGUGUAACAACAACGGGACGCUUGUAUGUAAAUCUGGCUUUUAUGGACCUACUUGUGAUAUUCCUUGUACAAACACAUUACACGGAAUGUGUAACAACAACGGGACUCUUGUAUGUAAUACUGGCUUUUAUGGACCUACCUGUGAUGUUCAAUGUACAAACACGUUACACGGAAUGUGUAACAACAACGGGACUCUUGUAUGUGAAACUGGCUUUUAUGGACCUACAUGUGAUGUUCCUUGUGCAAACACGUCACACGGAACGUGCAACAACAACGGGACUCUUUUACAUGGAAUGUGUAACAACAACGGGACUCUUGUAUGUAAUACUGGCUUUUAUGGACCUACCUGUGAUGUUCCUUGCACAAACACGUCACACGGAACGUGUAACAACAACGGGACUCUUGUAUGUAAUACUGGCUUUUAUGGACCUACCUGUGAUGUUCAAUGUACACACACGUUACACGGAACGUGUAACAACAACGGGACUCUUGUAUGUAAAGCUGGCUUUUAUGGACCUACCUGUGGUGUUCAAUCUGGCUUUUAUGGACCUACAUGUGAUGUUCCUUGUGCAAGCACGUCACACGGAAUGUGUAACAACAACGGGACUCUUGUAUGUAAUACUGGCUUUUAUGGACCUACCUGUGAUGUUCCUUGUGCAAACACAUUACACGGAAUGUGCAACAACAACGGGACGCUUGUAUGUAAUACUGGCUUUUAUGGACCUACCUGUGAUGUUCCUUGCACAAACACGUCACACGGAACGUGUAACAACAACGGGACUCUUGUAUGUAAUACUGGCUUUUAUGGACCUACCUGUGAUGUUCAAUGUACAAACGCCUUACACGGAACGUGUAACAACAACGGGACUCUUGUAUGUAAAGCUGGCUUUUAUGGACCUGCCUGUGGUGUUCAAUGUACAAACAAGUUACACGGAAUGUGCAACAACAACGGGACUCUUGUAUGUAAUACUGGCUUUUAUGGACCUACCUGUGGUGUUCAAUGUACAAACAAGUUACACGGAAUGUGCAACAACAACGGGACUCUUGUAUGUAAUACUGGCUUUUAUGGACCUACCUGUGGCGUUCAAUGUACAAACGAGUUACACGGAACGUGUAACAACAACGGGACUCUUGUAUGUAAUACUGGCUUUUAUGGACCUACCUGUGAUGUUCCUUGUGCAAACACGUCACACGGAACGUGCAACAACAACGGGACUCUUGUAUGUAAUACUGGCUUUUAUGGACCUACCUGUGAUGUUCAAUGUACAAACACGUUACACGGAAUGUGUAACAACAACGGGACUCUUGUAUGUAAUACUGGCUUUUAUGGACCUACCUGUGAUGUUCCUUGUACAAACACGUAA